UCUGCACCCGACAGGAUGCGCCUGUCUGGCCUCGGUGGCCACCGCCCCCUCCUCCUGCUGCUGCUGCUGCUCUCAGCCGCCACCUCUGCUAGCAGCCCCAGCCCCACCCCCAGCUCUAGCCAGGCCGUCGAGGACGCGGUGGUCCCGGGCCACCAGGCCGGUGCUGCUGCCUGUCGCUGCUGCCUAGGCCAGACACCUAGGAAGAGCCAUUGCACCAGAGCUUCUUGCAGGGUUCGAAACUGCCCACCUGACAGGUGCACAGGUCUCCAGGGGUGCCUGACCCCAACACCUCCAGUGCCCAGUCCCAGCCCCGCGGAGAAGAGGCAGGUGUCCCUCAACUGGCAGCCACUAACUCUGCAGGAGGCUCGAGCUCUGCUGAGGCAAAGGCGGCCCCGAGGGCCGUGGGCCCGGGCACUGCUGAGAAGGAGGCCCCCACAUCGCGCCCCUGCCGGCCAGGCCCGGGACCUAUGUCCCUUGAUCUGUCACAACGGUGGUGUGUGUGUGAAGCCUGACCGCUGCCUCUGCCCCCCGGAUUUCGCUGGCAAGUUCUGCCAGUUACAUUCCUCCGGGGCUCGGCCCCCAGCCCCAGCCAUGCCGGGCCUUACCCGCUCCGUGUACACCAUGCCACUAGCCAACCAUCGCGACGACGAACAUGGUGUAGCAUCGAUGGUGAGCGUGCACGUGGAGCACCCCCAGGAGGCAUCCGUGGUGGUGCACCAGGUGGAGCGUGUGUCGGGCCCCUGGGAAGAGGCCAACCCUGAAGCCCUCGCCAGGGCUGAAGCGGCAGCCCGGGCCGAGGCGGCGGCGCCCUACACGGUGCUGGCCCAGAGCGCGCCUCGCGAGGACGGCUACUCGGACGCCUCGGGCUUCGGUUACUGUUUCAGGGAACUGCGUGGAAGCGAAUGUGCGUCGCCGCUGCCCGGGCUGCGGACUCAGGAAGUAUGCUGCCGAGGGGAGGGCUUGGCCUGGGGUGUCCAUGAUUGUCAGCCGUGCUCGGAACACCUGGGGCACGCCAACCGAGUGAAUGGCCCAAAUGGACCUUGUCCAACCGGCUUCGAGAGGGUUAAUGGGACCUGCGUAGAUGUGGACGAGUGCGCCACAGGUGGGCGUUGCCAACACGGGGAGUGUGCCAACACUCGUGGCGGGUACACGUGCGUGUGUCCGGACGGCUUCCUGCUGGACUCCUCGCGCAGCAGCUGCAUCUCCCAGCACGUGAUCUCGGAGGCAAAGGGGCCCUGCUACCGAGUGCUCCGUGAUGGCGGAUGCUCGCUGCCCAUUCUUCGAAAUAUCACCAAACAGAUCUGCUGCUGUAGUCGUGUGGGCAAGGCUUGGGGGCGUGGCUGCCAGCUCUGCCCACCUUAUGGUUCAGAGGGUUUUCGGGAGAUCUGCCCAGCUGGCCCUGGUUACCACUAUUCAGCCUCCGACCUCCGCUACAACACCAGACCUCUGAGCCCGGAUCCACCACGAGUGCCCUUCACUCAACCACGAGUUUCCCCAGCCACCGCGAGGCCACCCACAGGCUUUCUGCCCACUCGGCCUCGGCCUGAACCCCGGCCAGGGCCUGAACCCCGGCCAGGGCCUGAACCCCAGCCUGGUCCUGAAUUUCCGCUGCCCAGCAUCCCUGCUUGGACUGGCCCCGAGAGUCCUGAAUCAGGUCCCUCCUCCUCCAACGUGUGCCAGCGCAACCCCCAGGUUUGCGGUCCCGGACGUUGCGUCCCCCGGCCCAGUGGCUACACCUGUGCGUGCGACCCAGGUUUCCGGCUCAACCCCCAAGGCACUCGCUGCGUAGACGUAGACGAAUGCGGUCGCGUACCCAUGCCCUGUGCUCCUGGGCGCUGCGAGAACACCCCAGGCAGCUUUCGCUGCGUGUGCGGCACGGGCUUCCGAGCAGGCCCGCGGGCUACAGAGUGCCUGGAUGUGGACGAGUGCCAGCGCGUGCCGCCGCCGUGUGACCGCGGGCGCUGCGAGAACAAGCCAGGCAGUUUCCUGUGCGUGUGUCCCGCCGGAUACCAGGCAGCGCCGCACGGAGCCAGCUGCCAGGAUGUGGAUGAAUGCACCCAGAGCCCAGGCCUCUGCGGCCGCGGGGUCUGCGAAAACCUGCCUGGCUCUUUCCGCUGUGCUUGCCCGGUUGGCUUCCGUGGCUCGACGUGUGAGGAAGAUGUGGACGAGUGUGCCCAGCAGCCUCCGCCCUGUGGGCCAGGCCGCUGCGACAACACUGCGGGCUCUUUCCACUGUGCCUGCCCAGCUGGCUUCCGGUCCCGAGGACCAGGGGCCCCCUGCCAAGACGUGGACGAGUGUGCCCGGAGCCCCUCGCCCUGUGCCUACGGCCGCUGUGAGAACACGGAAGGAAGCUUCCAGUGUGUCUGCCCUACAGGCUUCCAAGCCAACACUGCCGGCUCCGAGUGCGAGGAUGUGGACGAGUGUGAGGACCACCUGGCCUGCCCUGGGCAGGAGUGUGUCAACUCACCGGGCUCCUUCCAGUGCCGGGCUUGCCCAGCUGGCCACCACCUGCACCGAGGCAGAUGCACUGAUGUGGACGAAUGCAGCUCGGGCACCCCUUGUGGUCUCCACGGCCAGUGCACCAACACCGAAGGCUCCUUCCACUGCAGCUGUGCUCCAGGUUACCGGGCGCCAUCUGGUCGACCUGGGCCUUGUGCAGACAUAAAUGAGUGUCUGGAAGGCGACUUCUGCUUCCCCCACGGAGAGUGCCUCAACACCGAUGGCUCCUUUGCCUGUACUUGUGCCCCUGGCUACCGGCCUGGACCCCGCGGAGCUUCUUGUCUGGACGUGGACGAGUGCAGCGAGGAGGACCUUUGCCAAAGUGGUAUCUGCACCAACACUGACGGCUCCUUCGAGUGCAUCUGUCCUCCUGGACACCGCGCUGGCCCAGACCUUGCCUCUUGCCUUGACAUUGACGAAUGUCGUGAACGGGGCCCUGCCCUGUGUGGGUCUCAGCGCUGUGAAAACUCCCCCGGCUCCUACCGCUGUGUGCGCGACUGUGAUCCUGGCUACCACCCUGGCCCUGAGGGCACCUGUGAUGAUAUAGAUGAGUGCCAAGAAUACGGCGCUGCGAUUUGUGGGGCACAGCGCUGUGAGAACACCCCUGGCUCCUACCGCUGCACCCCUGCCUGCGACCCCGGCUAUCAGCCUACUCCAGGGGGCGGGUGCCAAGAUGUGGAUGAGUGCCGGAACCGGUCCUUUUGUGGUGCCCAUGCCGUGUGCCAGAACCUGCCUGGCUCCUUCCAGUGCGUCUGUGACCAAGGCUACGAGGGGGCACGGGAUGGGCGUCAUUGCGUGGAUGUGAAUGAGUGUGAGACGCUACAGGGCGUGUGCGGCUCCGCUCGGUGUGAAAAUGUCGAAGGCUCCUUCCUGUGUGUCUGCCCCACUAGUCCUGAGGAGUUCGACCCCAUGACGGGACGCUGUGUUCCCCCACGUACUCCUGCCGGCUCGUUCCCAGGCUCGCAGCCCCAAGCACCUGCCGGCCCCAGUCUUCCAGCCAGGCCUCCGCCCCCACCCCCACCUCGAAGACCCAGCCCUCCCAGGCAGGGGGCUGUGAGCAGCGGGCGUCGGGAAUGCUACUUUGACACGGCGGCUCCAGACGCAUGUGACAAUAUCUUGGCCCGAAAUGUGACGUGGCAGGAAUGCUGUUGUACCGUGGGUGAAGGCUGGGGCAGUGGCUGCCGCAUCCAGCAGUGUCCAGGCACCGAGACAGCUGAGUACCAGUCAUUGUGUCCUCACGGCCGGGGCUACCUGGUACCCAGUGGAGACCUGAGCGCCAGGAGAGACGUGGACGAAUGCCAGCUCUUCCAGGACCAGGUGUGCAAGAGCGGAGUGUGCGUGAACACCGCACCAGGCUACUCUUGCUAUUGCAGCAACGGCUUCUACUAUCACGCACAGCGGCUGGAGUGCAUUGAUAACGACGAAUGCGCCGACGAGGAGCCAGCGUGUGAAGGCGGCCGCUGCGUCAACACCGUGGGCUCUUACCACUGCACCUGCGAGCCCCCACUGGUGCUGGACGGCUCCCGACGCCGCUGCGUCUCCAACGAGAGCCAGAGCCUCGAUGACAAUCUGGGCGUGUGCUGGCAGGAAGUGGGACCUGAUCUUGUUUGCAGCCGCCCGCGUCUAGACCGGCAGGCCACCUACACAGAGUGCUGCUGUCUCUACGGCGAAGCCUGGGGUAUGGACUGUGCUCUCUGCCCCGCCCAGGACUCAGACGAUUUCGAGGCCCUUUGCAAUGUGCUACGCCCCCCUGCUUACGGCCCACCGCGCCCGGGGGGCUUUGGACUCCCCUACGAAUACGGCCCAGAUAUAGGCCCACCUUUCCAGAGUCUCCCUUACGGGCCAGACCUGUACCCCCCACCAGUGCUACCCUACGACCCCUACCCACCCCCUCCUGGACCCUUUGCCCGCCGGGAGGCCCCUUAUGGCGCCCCACCCUUCGACAUGCCGGACUUUGAGGAUGACGGUGGCCCCUAUGGUGAGUCGGAGGCUCCUGCUCCAUCCAGCCGAGGCACUGGCUGGCCAUAUCGGUCCAGAGACACCCGAGGUUCCUUCCCAGAGCCCGAGGAGUCUUCCGAGCGUGGAGGCUAUACAGGAGCCUUGGCUGAGCCCUAUGAAGGCCUGGAGGCUGAGGAGUGCGGGAUCCUGGAUGGCUGUGCCCAUGGCCGCUGUGUGCGGGUUCCCGAAGGUUUCACCUGCGACUGUUUCGAUGGCUACCGCCUGGACAUGGCCCGCAUGUCCUGUGUCGACAUCAAUGAAUGUGACGAGGCCGAGGCAACCUCCCCACUGUGCGUCAAUGCCCGCUGCGUCAAUACCGAUGGCUCCUUCCGCUGUGUCUGCCGGCCAGGAUUUGCGCCCACCCACCAGCCACAUCACUGUGCGCCUGCGCGACCUCGGGCCUGAGCGCCGGCGCCUGGGGUCCCAUUACGCCUGCUCACUGGGAGCUUCCAGAGCGCGCCUGCCUCCCUCCAGUCUGCAAGUGUGCCAGGGUGCCAGCCAGUCUGGAUUUAGGAUGGACAGACGUAGAGGGGUGCCUGCCACUGCCCCUGUCUCUUCCAGCCCCGCCCACCGGCACCUCGGGCCUGGCGUGGUCCAGUCCUGGGUCCCCUGUCGCAUUCCUUGUCCUUUUAUACAAUUGUCAAUUAAAACACCUAUUUUGUA